AUGUUUCCCAAGACGGCUUACUUGCAGGAGCAAUUUCAGGUUCGAAAGUAUCUGACAACUGUCCUGAAAACGUCGAAAUAUUGGAUUAGCUACUUUUUCCUGGCACACAUGGGUUUCACAAUUGUACCAAUUUGCCAGUCAUGUUUUGACUACUAUCUUACGGGAAAUUUCUCGUACUUAACGCCUGUCCGUGCAUGUUAUCCGUUUAGUUAUUAUAAAGAUCCUUUGAUUUAUUCAAUUGUAUAUUUUCAUCAAUUUUGGGGUGUCUAUUGGAUUGGAUGCCUCAUUCUUUGUACGGAUUUAUUGCUGGGAAGUACACUUCUUCAAGUCUGCAUGCAUUAUGAUUCAAUUGGGAAGCAAUUCUCGGAAGUGGGAAAGGGUCAAGGCGAUAUGGAAACGAUUCGAUAUUUGGGACGGUAUCACUGGAUUGUCACAAGAUUAAGCGAUGAUUUACGCAAGGUCUUCAGUGUAAUAAUUUUGAUGAAUGUUUUCAUAUCCGCUUGCACGAUAUGUUUCAUUGCAUUACAAAUUACUUCGGCAGAGGGAAGAGUCCAUGCAGCGAAUUACGUAAUGACUUUUUUGUUCCUUUCUGCUCAGGUUUACCAGAUCAGUUACUUCGGAAGUAAACUAAACGAGGCGAGUGACAACUUUGCUUCGGCUGUAUAUAAUCAUAACUGGUACAGUCAAACGCCGGAAUAUAGGAAGGCAGUGCUAUUUAUCCUGUUGAGAUGUCAAAACAAUUCUCAUCUAUCCGUGGGCGGGUUUACCACUUUAUCUGUCGCAACGUUUGGUCAAGUCUAUCAAUACUCUUACAAAAUAUUCGCUAUUUUGAACUCAACGCAUUGAACAUAUAAUAAAUGUGAAAAUUGAUAGUUGCAACUAGCUGAAAUCAACUACAUUUUGAUAACAUGCAUUAAAUUAUAGAAUUACCUUAAGAAAAAUUAAAUAUGGAAUGAUUCAGUAAUGAUUCUAAAUGUUACACUGCAUUUCAAUGGUAAAAAAUGCAAAAUCCAUUUGAUUGCUGAGUAGUAAAGAGUAUGUAGUAGAGUCAAAAUGUGUAAUUCAAUUCAAAAUAAA